AUAGUCCGAUAUAUCGACUUCGCCUUGACCUUGUCGCUCUGAGAGAGGAGCACAUAUUUUGAUUAUUCUUCAUUUCUGUGUUUUCUAACUUCCUAUGAAAAAAUCCUUUUGAUUGUAAGUUUUCAAUUUACGUUUUCCUCCAAGUUCCUCCUUUACGAUAACUGUCAUGGACUAGCAGUUUCUAUUCUACACUUUACAUAAGAUUAACCUCCAGAAAAUUUCACUUCUAUCAGUUAAGAUAGAAUGUUAAUAUUUUUGGUGAUAUGUAAAUUAUUACAUGCGCAUGAUAAACCAGGUUUUUUCGAUUUCAUAUAUACUAUUAGUUUAUCUUGCCGCAACAGAAUCAACGAACGGGAAAAUGAACGUACUAAAGUGCCCUUUCUUAACGAAAUUGAAUGUAGGACAAAUUCAAGCUAGUUCUGGAAAUAUUCUACGUUGUCCAGUUAUGUCCCACGUAAUAAGCAAAUAUUCUGUUUGGGAACAAUCAGUAGAGGAUAUAGGUAAAGGUAAAGAGAUAAGUCGGGCACUAUCCAAGUGCCCUUUUCUGUCAAAAAAGCUUCUUUCAAAGGAAUCCAUGAGUGACGUAAUUCAGCUAACAGCAGCUGCGAACUAUGUUCUAAAAGCGAAAAAGAACGACGAUUGUCAAAAAAAACUGAAAACAAGUUCAAAUAAGCACACACCAAUUUACAAUGCCGUUAAAAGACACUUUUCCAGCCAAGUCGAGCCAAAACUUAGAGGUCAUGAUGAAUUGGCAGAAGAGCAAUUCACUUACAAUCAUUUUUUUCGCGAACAAAUUGAGAAAAAAAAACAAGACCAUUCAUAUCGUAUAUUUAGGAAAAUUAAUCGUAAAGGAUCCAGCUUUCCAUCAGCUGAAGUUGAUGAAAAGGUUGGUCAUAAGGAAGUAUCUGUGUGGUGUAGCAAUGACUAUUUAGGUAUGAGUUGGCAUCCAUCCGUUCAGAAAUCAGUUUUAACUGCAUUAAUGGAACAAGGUGCCGGAUCUGGAGGCACGAGGAAUAUCUCGGGAAAUUCCACUACACACGAAGAAUUAGAAACCGAAUUAGCAGAUUUACAUGGAAAAGAAAGCUCUUUAUUGUUUACUUCAUGUUACGUAGCCAAUCAUUCGACAUUGUGUACUCUCGGAAAAUUAUUACCAAAUUGUCAUAUAUUUUCCGAUGCCGGAAAUCAUGCUUCCAUGAUAGAAGGAAUACGACAUAGUAACGCAAAGAAAACCAUAUUUCGACACAAUGAUCCUGAUCAUUUGGAAGAAUUACUUAGACAAACAGAUCCUUCAGAGCCGAAAAUAGUAGCAUUCGAAACAGUUCACUCUAUGACAGGUGCCGUAUGUAAAGCCGAACAAUUAUGCGACUUAGCGAAAAAGUAUAACGCCUUAACAUUCGUCGAUGAGGUUCACGCCGUAGGACUGUAUGGUAAAAAAGGAGGCGGAAUAUCAGAUCGCGAUGGUAUUACUGAUAAAAUAGAUAUAAUAUCUGGCACACUAGGUAAAGCAUUUGGAAACAUGGGUGGGUAUGUUGCUGGAAAUUCUACCUUGAUUGACUUUAUAAGAAGCUAUGCGGCUGGAUUUAUAUUUACAACUUCGUUGCCUCCUACUGUCCUAUCUGGGGCAUUAACAUCAGUGAGGAUUUUGAAAAGCUGUGAAGGAAGACUGCUUCGUUUACGUCAUCAGCAAAAUGUCAAAUACUUGAGGCAAAAGCUUAUUAAGAGUGAUAUUCCUGUUGUACCAUGCCCAAGUCACAUUAUACCUAUUCAUGUAGGUGAUGCUCAGUUGGCAAUGAAGAUUGGUCACACUCUGCUCGAUCGUAAUAAUAUCUAUGUGCAGCCAAUUAAUUACCCAACGGUGGCCCGUGGGAAAGAACUAUUACGAGUAGCGCCAACACCUCAUCAUACAAAAGAAAUGAUGGAUGAAUUUGUAGACGUUUUAAAACAGGUAGUGUAA